AAAAAACUGCUGCUGCGGGUGCAACCUUUGUAAUUGCCAAGUCUCUUGGCAUGUCACCCCUCUCCCGAUUCUCUCUCUCGCUUCUGGGCCUGCUGUGCUCUCCGCGACCUGAACCCCACCCCAGGCAGUGGCGAUACCCUCGUCUACCACCCCAGAUCCUAGAUACGUGUCCUACUACUCCCAUGCACACCACGUCGGUCAGAUCCGAUCGAUUAAUGACAAAGAAGCUAAGAUGUCAGAAGGCAAAUUUCAAAGUCAAACCCCAAAGUCAAGAGGUUACAGAGCAUCUCAAUGGUAAGGUAAAUCGAAUUUGGCAGUGGUUGGUCAGUGGUGGUCAGACGCAAGUUGUUUCCCGGGGGCUUCAGGCUGGGCUGGGCUUGGGGUUGCAGUUUCCAGGUCUGGGCAUUUCGCUUACCUGAAAAAUUCAACCCCGGAUUGGAACUCGUGAUGCGGGACGAGGGA